AAACACAAAUCUUCAAGUUGAAUAUCUUUGCAUUACGAAAGAAAACAAACUGAAAAAAAUGGCGUCAUCAAGAUUUCAACUUGUUGCCAUUCUCGUUAUCUUCUCUCUCGUUAUUACUACCCAAUCUGCAGGAACACAAGAUGAAGUAAGGGACGGACCGUGCCGCUUGAGAGGAACGUGCAAAACCGACAGUGACUGCGACACACAUUGCCACAGGAGCACCGACCCAGCGGGCAUGGGCGGCCACUGCCUCUUCGACAGACCCACCGGUCCCGUUUGCUGCUGCCUCUUUGAUUAAUCCGAUCCUUUUUAUUCUUCACUUUUCUCAUCAUGUAAUUCUAAAUUACUGAAAUGAUGUAAAACAUAAAAAAAAUGUUUACGUCGCGAUUAUGUGAAGAAUAAAAUAAGAGAUCUUGGCUGUUGAAGAAAAAAUAAAAAAUAAAUAAAAAAGAGAUCUUGUUUACCAUAUGGACCCACUUUGAAUGUCAUGAGAGCGUAUUGAUGGUACGAGAAUGGAUAUCUGUGAACAAAUAUUUACUCCCUCAGUUUUCAUUUUGACACUUUUCACACAUAUUAAGAAAUUUAAUAAAAAGUCUUUUCUGU